UCAACCUAUACAUCAAAGCAAGAGAGAGAGCUUACAUACAAGCAUAUAACCUUGUGUGUCAAACUAUACAAGGAAGGCAAGGAGGAUCAAGAAGCACUUUUGGGCCCUCGGAACUUCAGACUAUUUUUCAUAUCUUGGAACAUGGCACAUCGUCCUCGAGGAGGCUUGCUUUUGUCAGCAAUGCUAGCGCUAACACUUGCAUUUAAUGUAUCUUGCACACUAGCUUCUCCGAGAAUUGGAAAUAAGAUCAAAUCUGCCACUUUUCUUUCUCCUGAGUUUGUACUCGGACCAGGAUCAGUAGAGAAUAGGUUUUAUUACAAUAUUGACUUUCCAAGGGGUCAUAUUGGUCUUAAGAGUCUCGGGGCUGAAGUAAUUGAUGAAGCUGGGAAACCAAUACCCCUUCAUGAAACUUAUCUUCAUCACUGGGUUGUUGCAAAGUACUAUCAGCGUCAGGACGUGGUAGAGAACAAUGGUGACCAGAAGUUUCAGCAGGCAGACUAUAUAUUUGGAACAAACAGUGGGAUAUGCCAAGGGACUGUUCUGCGACAGUAUUUUGGCCUUGGAUCCGAAACACGAAAAACGGAUACUCACAUUCCUGAUCCUUAUGCAAUAGAAAUUGGCAAUCCAGCUGAAAUUCCUGAAGGAUAUGAAGAGAAAUGGAUGCUUAAUGUCCAUGCAAUUGAUACACGGGGUGCCGUAGAUACGUUGGGAUGCACAGAAUGUAGAUGCGAUCUGUACAACGUCACGGUGGAUGAAUAUGGUCAACCUUUGAGCCCAGACUACAUAGGGGGUCUAAAUUGUUGCUAUGAUCAAACACGUUGCAAGGUACAACAAGGUUAUGGAGGUGCCAGGAGGAGUCUAUACUUACGGUACACUGUGGAAUGGGUCGAUUGGGAUUGUGACAUUAUCCCUGUUAAAAUCUUUAUAUUUGAUGUCACUGAUACUGGAAAAAGGCUUAAUGUUUCGACUGGAUUGAGUCCAGAGAAUGGUUGCCAGGUUGAGUAUGAUGUUGAGCCUUGCAGCAGCGCCAAUGCAGUUUCUGAUGGAUGCAUUGAUGUCCAAAGGACAAGCCUGACCAUGCUGAUCAGUGGUCAUGUCAUCUACGGUGUUGCCCAUCAGCAUACUGGGGGAAUUGGUUCAACUCUGUAUGGGGAGGAAGGACGUGUUAUAUGUACUUCAGAACCAAUUUUUGGAGAAGGAAAGGAUGCAGGGGAUGAGGCAGGUUACGUAGUAGGGAUGUCCACCUGUUAUCCUGAACCAGGCUCUAUCCAGAUAACAGCUGGGGAGAAUCUAGUUCUUGAAUCUUACUACAGCAGUACUCAAAAGCACACGGGAGUUAUGGGGAUUUUCUACGUUUUGGUUGCUGAGCGAACACCAAAUCCCACGAAUUUCUUGCAUUCUCCGAUUCAUAUACAUGAAAAGAUGAAAGUAUCCACAUCUGCUUUAGCAAUAGUAGCUCUGUUAGGACUGGCAGUAGUUGCUGUUGGCCUCCGUUAUCGACUGAAGAAGGGGAGAGAAGAAGGCUAUGAACCAAUAAUGGCAUAG